AUGAGGCUGAUGAAGAGGCUGCCCCGUGGGGUGCUGACCGUGGCUUUGCUUUAUCUUUUGAAGGUGAUUCGGACAACUGGCUUCCUGAAGGGCCUGUACACGGACGCCGAGCUGAAGUCAGAUAAUGUGAAGGAUAAAGACGCGAAAAUUAGUUUCCUUCAGAAGGCCAUAGACGUGGUGGUGAUGGUUUCGGGAGAGCCCCUGUUGGUGAAGCCAGCCCGGAUCGUGGCCGGGCAUGAGCCCGAGAGGACCAACGAGCUGCUCCAGAGGAUCGGAAGGUGCUGCCUCAGCAAGCUGUCCAGUGAUGAUGCGGUGAAGAGAGUGCUGGCUGGAGAGAAGGGGGAGGCGAAGGGAAGGGCCUCACUGACGUCGAAACCGCACGAAUCCGACAACAGGCAUGUGAGAGAGGAGGAGCUCAGGGUUCCCGAAGACAAAGAGGGUAGAAGAAAUUCUGAAAUAAACGAGAGAAGUACAAGCAGAGAUCGAAAACAGAAAGAAGAAUUGAAAGAAGAAAGCAAACCUAGAGAUAAGGAGAGGGACCAGGAGAAGACCAAGGACAGUGACCGCGAUCGACACAAGGACUCUGAGAGAGACAAGGGCCGCGAAGGGGAGAGGGAGAGGACCAGGGCCAGGGCCAGACCUGACAGGGACAGAGGCACCCGGGACCGGGACAAGGACUCAGACCGCGCUCGAGAGAGGAGGAGCGAGGGUGGGAGAGAGAAGGAGCGGUGGAAAGACAGGGAGAAAGAGCGGGAGCGCGACAAGGCCAGGGACAGGGACAGGGACAGGCGGAGGGUAAGAAAUGGGGAGCAUGCCCGGGACCCCGGCAAGGAGAAGAGCCGAGAGCACGAUAAACCGGAGAGGAAGUCAUCAAGCUCUGGGGAGGUGUCUAAGAAGUUGUCCGAUGGACCUCUGAAAGACUCCAAAGCUGAAACAGAGCCGCAAGACGGGCGGAGCGCGCGGCGUGCGCUACAGGCUGGAGGGCCCUGCUCAGCUUGUCGUAGGACCGAUGAUGUGAGUGGCUUACUGCCUGAACACAUAGCUGGGGUGUGCCACCCUCCUGCCUCCUGUGUGGACCCCUGGGCUUCCUUAAAGCUUCACUUGACUGAGCCUUCCACUGGAGCAUCCAGGCCUGUGGCAUCAAAGACAUCAAAGCGGCGAUCCCGAGCCUCCGUGGAAGGCGACGGCCCCAGUGAUACAGGUAAGGGCUGGCCCCCAGCGAGUGUCGGUGUGACCUGUGCACACGUGUGCCGACACGGACAUGCUCAGAUUCAUGUCUCAGACGUGUCGGUGAAACCUGUCCUAUUUGUCCACUUUGAGACACGGGAUUGUUUACACCCUGUUUGGGUUGCACUGUCUGUGUUUAGGAGGGUUCCUCGGCCUGGGAGUGCCCGGCCAGCGCCGCCCAGGGUGAAGCGACAAGACAGCGCGGAGGUGUUGACUGCGGACAGGGCAGGGAGUGGUCAGACCGUCUCCAACGUGAUCGUGGACUCGCAGAACUCUGACCACGAAGAUGACGACCAGUUUGUGGUGGAGGCUGCGCCCCAGCUCUCGGAGGUGCCAGAGCUCGAAGUGGUCCGCGCGGUGGAGCUGGAAGGAGACGAGGAGCACGGGGGACUCGUCAAAAAAAUCCUGGAGACCAAAAAAGACUAUGAGAAGCUGCAGCUGCCACCCAAACCUGGAGAGAAGAAGCCCCUGGCCGUGGAGCCCGCGUGGAAGAAGGAGAAGGACGUCGUUUCCAAGGAGAUAGAGAAGCUGCGUGCGUCCAUCCAGACGCUGUGCCGGAGCGCGCUGCCCCUGGGCAAGAUCAUGGACUACCUGCAGGAGGACGCGGACGCCAUGCGCCUGGAGCUGCAGCUCUGGCGGCGCGAGAACCAGCAGCACGCCGAGGCCCUGCGCGCCGAGCAGAGCAUCACAGACGGUGCUGUGGAGCCCUUGAAGGCGGAGCUGGCAGAGCUGGAGCAGCUGAUCAGAGACCAGCAGGACAAGAUCUGCGCGGUGAAGGCCAGCGUCCUGAGAAACGAGGAGAAGCUCCAGAGGAUGGUGUACGGUAUCAGCCUGAGCGCCAGGAGGUGAGGCUCCAGCCCGGAGACCAGAAGUCAUCCUCAGCUUGAAAAUAAAGAAGGUAGAACAUCACUGCUCGUUAACUCUCAGUUUGCAAAGCAAAUGAACAGUGUACGAUGUUGCCCGACUAAUUUUCAGAGCUUUUAAAGCUGUAGGCACCUCCAGUGUGUAAAAAGACCGCGUCUCCCACCUUCCUGGGGCUACCUGUGCGCCGGUUAUAAGCGGCUCUCCCAAACCCUGUGGGGAAGUCUCUUUGCAGCCUGGUGUGUCCACAGCAGCCUGUGGAGCUCAGCUCCGUGCUUGAGGUCUCUAGCUGGAGUGCUGCCGACACCCAGGUGACAGGUCGUGGGCUCGGUUUGUGGGGCUGGUGACUCCACAGCCAGCACGGGGUGAAGGAUGGCUGGGCCUUCUGAGGCACUUUAUACAUGGAGUGGGGCCUGGAUGGGAUGGAUCGUAUUUUUAGUUCACUUGCACUUGAAAAGGGUUCAUUCAGCCUGUGUCUUUAUAAAGAUACAUGUGAGCUUUUUUAACUGCUUUAUAAUUAUAUAUAUAGACUACUUUAUGUAAUUUUCUUUUUGGUCCCUGUUAUCUUUUGCUUGUGUUUCUAACCUGUAAAGUUCCUAAAUUUAAGAAGGAGAUUUCAGUGUGGCCUUAUGACACUGCCUAGACAUGAGCUUGUCCCCGGCCAUCCCCUCUUCUACAGCCUUGGCCCUGCUCUUCCCCCUGGGUGCCUGCGCAGCUCUGCAGGGGCCUCACUCUCCCAGGCCCACGCCCCUGGCCCCAUGCCCCAUGCCUCAUGCCUUCCCUUCACAUGGAUGUGCACCUGUGCCCCCCAGAGACAGGCAGUUUAGCGGAACCUGAGAGAAGAAGACAUAACAAUUUACAAAAUUAUUUUUAUGUUACCUUGGGGGGGGGUAUUUUUUAAAGCAAAGAUUUUUUAAAAACAUGGUUUAUAUUUCAUUUUUCAGUUACACAUAAUACCAUCCACGUCUUCAAGUUUGUAUGUAAAGGGUUUUGCAGUUCGGAGCUGUGCUUACCGGUCCUGAUACUUCUAGAUGCCGUAUUUAUUAUGAACUCCAAGGAGUGCCGUUUAGUGUUGGAAUCGCCUGAGGAAGUUUGUUCCUCUGAGGGUGAGCACAAACGGCACAGUCUGGUUUCUCUUAGUGUAAUUUUCAAAAUAAAUCUUUUACUAAGGCAGUUUUAUGAUUUUCUAAGCUGAAUCAGUUCAAGAUCAGAUUACUAACAACGACCAUUUUGAAACAUUGGUCUCUUUCUCCUUCUAAAGUGCACUGUAAGAUCCUGUUUGGUCCGAUUGUACUAAGUACUUUACUGGAGGAGGGAGGCAUCUUAGUGAACUGGGUCCUUCACAUACGUAUGAUCUGCUUUCCACUGAGUCAAAUGACAGCCACACUCCGAACAGCUGUUUUGCUUCAAGUUAAGAUGUCUGAUUUUUAUGAAUUUGUAUAUAUGACUAGAAUUUUUGUGUUGCAAAAAAUUACAUACAUUGUAUAUGGAUAAAAUUUUGUAUGAAGUAGUCUAUCAAAUUGUAUCAUAAAAUUUAUUUUUCUUUUAUAUACAAAUCAUUAAAAAUAAUUACAUUUUUCUAUAAGUA